AAGGCCCCUCCCCUUUUCACGACACGCCGCGUUCCCUUUCGCGACGUCUGACGUGAUGACGACAUCAGAGACUAAAACGCGUCCAACAUGGCCGCCGACUACGCGUCCACAGCUUUGGGUUCUCGUUGAGAGUUUACUUAGCUGUUACUUACGAUGACCAUGGAUAACAUACAAGAAAUGGAGGUACAUAUUGCGGCGAAGGAAACGGAGCAAGUCGAAAAAAUGUCAAAUACUGGAGACGCAGACAGAGACCAAGAAGAAGAAACGGAAGAUGUAAGUGCAAAAACACAAAGUGAAGUAGGACAAAUUUCCAAGCAGGAAGAAAAUGGUGGAGACCAAGUGGCAGAUUUAAAAGGAGAGGACUGUAACGAUGAAGAAGAGGAUGAGGAGACAGAACAGCCCAAAGAUCAAUCAGAGAAAAAUCCUGACAAAGUUGAAGUCAAAAAGCAGCCUGAGGUCCUAAAUUUAAACAACGAGGUGGUCAAUAUGAGAAAAGAGGUGAAGAGAGUUAGGGCACUGCUAAGCAGAAAGAUCAUUCGUCAGAUUACUGCACUGAAGAAAAAGAAGGGGAAGGAGGCACACAUCGAGAAGAAUCAGAGGAGGGUCGCCAGAUUACUGGAGGAGAUCCAAGCAAUGAAACUACUUCGACCCGACGUUGUCACCAAGACAGCCUUGCAGAAGAGUUUCAACUUUAACGAGGUGUGCAAGAACCCAAAAUCGACCAUGUCGGACCGAGCCGUAGCACGCAUCGCCUCCCAUCCCCAGUUCAGGAAAAAGAUAGAGGCCAUCCAGGCUGCUGUGGAGGCUUUUUGUGAAGAGAGGAGAAAGGGUGGGAAGCAGGGAGAACGAAAGGUGAAAAAUGAACGUGGAAAGUCUGUGAAUUCACUGGAUAAUAAGACUAAAAAUGUAGCAGAAAUGGAGAAGGUAGAAAAGAUUUCUGAAGAACUGACUAACGGUGACAGUAUUGCAAAAGAUGAAACUACUCUUACUGAACCUGACGAGAACAAGAUGGAAUCUACCCGAGCUGCUCCUGCUGAUGAAAAGAAGUUAACAGUGGAGACUAAAAGUGUCAAACCAGCAUCAGUCAAAAAGAGUGAGUCAAAAGAACGGGUAAGAAAGAAACAAAAAGCUAAGGCUCAGAAAAAUAGACCAAAGGUUGCUCGCAAGCUCACAAAAAAACAAGAGAGUGAUUUAGAACUCUCAGAUGAGGACAAACCGUAUUAUGAUGACAGUACUGAGGAACGAUUCCACGAGCACUCAUCCCAGGAGGAGACUGACAGCGAUAAUGACUUUUUUGUGGGUAAAGUGAGCAAAUUUAAGAAAAAGAAGAAUAAAAACACAGACGAGGGGGACAAGAAUAAUCAGGAUUCAGCGGGAGAUUCAAAGACCGGCAACAGUGUUCAGAGUGAACUUGAUGAGCUUGAGUCACGGUUAAAGUCGAGAGCACCUAAACUUCGGAGUGUCUUCUGCUCUCUGUCUCAAGCAAAAUCUAGAGGUCAAAGGGGAAAGCCAAUCAGAGGUCAAGGGAAACCGACUGGCAGUGGCCGCACAGAAUUUCAUAAACACACAAAGUUCCAAAAGGAAGAGAAAGGACCAGUGGGACACAAGUACAACAGGCCUGACCCCAAACGUUCAGAUUCAGUGGGAGCAAAAUUCAGAGGCCGUGGCCGGGGUGAUGUUACAAGGCAGCAGGACCGUCGUGGUCCUUAUCAGGCACCACAACAAGCCCUGCAUCCAUCAUGGGAGGCCAGUAAGAAAAGAAAAGAGCAGCAAGGGCAAAUUGUGGCUUUCCAAGGAAAGAAGAUCAAGUUUGAUGAUGAUGACUGAUCUACUCAUACUUGUGUAUAUAUAUAUUUUUUAAAUCAGGACGGUAUGCCUUUUUUGGUGAACAUUUGUAACUGCUUCUGGAUUAUUUGUGAUUUCUAUUUUGUGAAAGGGACACAAAUUCCAUGUUUUAAAAUUGUUAAAAAAAAAAGGAAUGCUCAAACAACGAGCGCUGAGUGAUGAACUGUGCUGGGGAAAAUUAUUCAGACCCCCCCGAAAAAUACAAGUAUACAUCUGUUUUCCGGUGAUGCAAAGUGUCUGCAGAACGAUUGAAUGAUCAUCCAUUAGCUAGCAGAAGGUACAAUGAACCUUUGCGACCUGUUAUUUGUACGGAUUAUGCUAUGGCUUCCUAUGAGAAUAGCAGCAUUAUGAUAAAAAUAAAACUGGCUCAGGUUUCAAACAA